AUGCCAUUCGCCAAACGGAUUGCGGAGCCGCAGCUGCUGUGCAGGCACCAGAUCCCCAACGAUGAAGGUCUGCUUUUCGAGGACCUGUGUGCCAUCAGUAACGUGGUUCUGUCCCGGACCUUGCGACAGCUGUCCGACCUGGCCCGGCACGCCUGCUCCUUAUUUCAGGAGCUGGAGAACGACAUCAUCAGCACCAACAAGCGGGUCUGGGUCCUCCAGAACAAAAUAGGCCAGAUACAGCAGACUGCCAGUGCCCUAGACCCCAAAAAGGAGGCAGUGCCGGUGUCAAACCUGGAAAUAGAGCGCAAGCUGUCGCUUCACUAUCAGGCUCCAUGGCACCAGCAACAUAACGUGUUUCACCCUUGUACCCGACCACCAUGUCUGGAGGAGCUACACAGAAGCGCUCAGCUCAGUCUCAGAGCCCUGCACCGAGACAAACAACAGCGCCACCGCUCCACGAGUCGGGAGAGAAACAAGGUGACCAUCUCUAUCUCAGUGGCUCCCCCUAUGCCCACCUUCCCCUCGCCACACAGCAUCCGCCGGCAUCAGAGGAGUCGCCUGGCGCGAGCGCAAGAGAGAGCCGAGAGGGAGCGAGAGUUAGACUAUCAGCCCAGGAAGGAGAGGGCCGUGAGAGAAACAGAGAUCCAGACCAUAAAGAGAAAAGAGAGGCCAGGGAGAGAGGCAGAUGUAAAAACGAUGCAAAGAAAGACUGUCUCGACAGGGGAAGGCGAAUGUGGCGAGGUCUUGGGAGGCCACCGAGCCAAGGCCUCAGCCCCCAUUACCCCCUCGACCCAGGACAAACAGACCAACUGGUCCAAGGAAAAACUCUCACCAUCAAAUCAGAAGUCAACUGGCGAUUCUCACUCCAUCUCCUCCUGUGUUAUCCCCAUCAACGUCACAGGAGUUGGGUUUGACAGGGAAGCAAGUGCUCGUUGCUCUCUAGUCCAUUCCCAGUCGGUUCUUCAGAGGAGAAGGAAGCUGAGGAGGAGGAAGACUAUCACAGGAAUACCCAAAAGAGUACAACAGGACAUGGACUCAGAUGAAUCACCCGUAGCAAGAGAGCGCACAGUGAUUGUCCAUGCCCACCCGCACCAACUCUCUCUCUGUCAGGAAGACCUCUUAAUCAGUGGUCAUCUCCAUCACACUCGUGACUCUGGCUGCCAAACAGAUGAUUUCCUUAUAGCAUGCACAGCUGCUCCCUCCAGAAGGCGCAUCAGAGCCCAACGAGGCCAUCAGGGAAUCCCUGCCUCUCUCUCCCAUUCAACAGGCAACAUUUCUUCCCUGGGUGACCAAUCAGAUUCCACAUACACCAGUGCCGCAGCCCACUGUGGGCGCUUGCGCUCUCGAAGCCUUCCUCGAGAGGGUGGACGUCUGAUGGACAGUGAUGAGGACGACGAUGACAAUUACGAUGAUGAUGACGAAGACGAGGACUUGUCACCAUAUGAAGCAGAGGACUUUAUUCCACCUGGCCCAAGUCCGAGAAUGAAGAUGAUGAUGAUGAAGGAUGAAGAAGAGAGCACAGAUGACCAGGCAGCUCCGGAGCCACUGCAACUUGGAAGUCUAAAGAGGUUGCAGCGGUCCGGAGAGAGAGACAGAGGCAGUGGAGGAGGGAGCCCAGAGCACAGCUGGAUGGAGAGGGGCCGUUCUCGCUUUCCCCGCAAGGCUGAUAUGGGCAGCUGUGAGAUCUCAUCGAGUUCGGAUACUUUCAGCAGCCCUAUUCACUCAGUGUCAACAACAGGAGUCCUAGGCAGCCAUGUGGACAACAAGGAGGACCACCAGUCAUCAAGCGGGAACUGGAGUGGUUCCAGCUCCACCUGCCCCUCACAAACAUCUGAAACCAUCCCCCCGCCUUCUUCUCCACCGCUAACAGGCUCAUCCCACUGCGACUCAGAGCUCUCACUCAACACUGUGCCCAAUGCUAUUGAUGAGGGAUUCUCCCUGGAUGCCUCAUACCACUCAGACCUCAGACCUCAGGGCCACAGGUCAAGCUCGUUCACAUCCUCAGCCACAGACCAACUGGAUGAUGCAGGGGUCAGUACAGCCAGUGAGGGGGAGUGGACAUACCCUGCAGACCAAGACCAGACUGAUCCAGACCAAGACCCAGACCAACCCCAAAAUCUGAGCCAGAGCUAUGGUUUAGCGCAAGAGUACGGCUCCAAACAAGGCCUACAAGACCAAAUCUGUUUUAGUGACAAGACCAGCAACACGGAAAAAGAGUCUGUCUCUCAUUAUCCAUCUGAUACAGAGGGUUUCUACUCCUCUUCUGUGCAUUUUGGGGAGUGUAAUCAGAGUUACAAAGGAUUAGUGUAUAACUAUGCAGAUUCAGGGCCUGCCUGUGGCCAAUCCAACACUGUGGCACCACCACGAUCCAAUGAAGUUUAUCCCCAGCCCUUAUCUGUCUUCAGAGCUGGUACUACGACUCUGGGGAGGACCUGCCGUCCACUGAGGAAACCAAAAGUCAAACCUCCACCACCUAAACGGACUUCCUCGCUGAAGGACACCUGUAGUGGUAUUGAUGUUGGAACGGACACACAGGCAGAUCAGGAUCAACCAAAGAUGGUUAGUGAACAAAACCUUACUUUGUCUUCCACAGAAAUGAAGCUGGAACUGGACCUAGAGCUUGGAGGUGCUCCAGAACCAUUACAGACAUCUUGUCUCGUGGCAGAGCCUUUGGGAACUUGGGGAAGGGGAAUGAGCGAAACCGUUGACAUAGUAGAGCCGAUGUCGUUCAGCUCUGCUGAUACACACUCAUUUAAGGAUGAAGGUGCUGUGCAAUCUGACUAUGCAGACCUGUGGCUUCACAACACUGAGCUAAAGUCCAAUAACGGUGAGUACAAAUCCAUGUCCAACUCAAGCACAGCAACCGGCACUACUGUCAUGGAGGGUAUCAAGUCACCAGACAGCUCGUCCUCCUCCACAGAAACCCAAACCCAGGCACUUGCUCAUGCUUCGGAGACCAGGGCAACGAGUCCGCCUCUCCCACCCGGAGACUUCAAACUUGGAUCACCUGAAAAACUGGCUGGCCUGGCCUCCCCAUCAAGUGGCUACUCCAGCCAAUCAGAGACUCCAACGUCAACCUUGCCCUCAUCCUCGGCAGCAUUCUUCCCAGGACCACUGUCUCCCUCAACUGGCAAGAGAAAGCCCAAAGUGCCCGAGAGGAAAUCUUCUCUCUCUUCCCUGCAGCACUUCCCCAGAGAUGGAGCUUGCAUUUCCUCUGGCUAUAAGAGAGACCCAGACUUUCCACCUCCACCUUCUCAGCUUGAUCUCAAUGUUCUUCAUGGUGGUUAUGUCAGGCACACGCUAUCCCACCGAACGCAUCACAUGCACACGCUCCACCACAGCAAACACAGAGUGGGAAAUGUUCUAGCCACUGGAACAAAAUUGUUGGUACCUGAGUCAUCAAAUACCAACCCACCGCCAAGGACAAAUUAUGCUCUGACAAUUCCCAGCCCCAAUCUAUUGGUAAUAACUCCAUCUGCUCUUCGUUCGGUGCAGCUCCAUCCUAUUAGCAGACAUACAAAAAGUGCUCCCACAGCAGACCAGGAUACUGCAAGAGGAACAGAGACUGCAACAAGACCCAAAUGUCCUACUAGUGGUUCUACAUUGGCUCCACCCCCUAUCAAUACACGGCCUCUCCCCCCUCGUAGACCACCCCCAAGACCUCCAACACAUGAUCACGCUUCCUCCCCUGAACACUUGCAACCACCUCCCCCUGGCCGCCACCCUGAUGGGCCUCCAUCCUAUGAAAGCCUGCUACUCAGACACGACCGCUAUCGACCUGGAACCUUCUGGGCUAUGACGGCCUUCAGAACCCGGAUGGACCCAUCAUCAGAACUUACCGAGGACAGCUCACCCCUGCAUCGGCCCGUGCCACGUGCCCCCCACCCUUCGCCUGUGGAUCUACACACACAUAUCCACUCGCACACAGAAUUCAGAGGGCUAACACACUCAGUUCAUGCACACCCUGAGUUUAGGGUUUUGGGGGAGCGCUCGUUCUCCCAGAAUGAUGAUGAUGAUGAAGAUGAUGAGGAAGAUGAGGAAGAUCACAUUAAAGAGCCACAGAGGGCUGCAUGUUCCAGAGGAGGCAUAAGAUCGAACCACCGUCCGCCCCCAGCAUAUGAAUUUGCUGGGAUAUCCCACUCAGACUCAGGGCCCUGGGCUUGUCCAGUCAAAGUGCCUGGUACUACAAUGGAGGCAUCGCAUCCUUACCUAAUCAGCGAUGCAAGAAGAGGAGGACAUGGAGAGCAGGAAGAAGAGGUGGAAGUGACAUCAGGUGCUACCAGAAGUGCCCAUCAGCAGCAGCCACAAGAGAGCAAAGAUGACUCCACCACUCCUGAUACUGAGGACUACUUCAGUAAAGGGAUGUCUUGGACUACAGAUUCCACGCCCAGUGAUAACUCACUCUCCCCUCUGAUGGAUGACAUCAAAGUGGAUGAUGACAUCAUUAUCACAUCACCCAACAAGACCCGUACAACAGAGGACCUGUUUGCCAUGAUACACAGAUCAAAGAGAAAGGUCCUGGGCCGUAAAGAUUCAGGAGACUUAAACGCAAAGUCUCGUCUCUGCUCUGCAGUACCCGUGACUCCUAUCUCCACCAUCAUUAUCCCAACAGCCCCUCCUCUCAACAUCCCAGCCACCAUAGCCACUGCUGCCACGUCACAACGAGCCCCUGUGCCAAUUUACCGCAGCGCCAAGAAAUCCAGCACGUCUAAUGAGGAGUUUAAACUCCUGUUGCUGAAGAAAGGUAGCAGGUCUGAUUCCAGCUACCGCAUGUCAGCCACAGAAAUUCUGAAGAGCCCAAUUAACCCUAAACCCCCUGGGGACCCCCUUCAGGAAGGGGCCAUUAGACAGGCUGACGAGCUACCCUUUAUACUCCAAGAGCCACACAUUUCUGGCCUGGACCCAAUCCAGAUACCAGGCCUUUUCCCCAGAGCCAACUCUGAGAGUUUCACCUCCAAAACCUUGCCUAUGUCAGCUGCAUCUCGACAGGGACGUUCUCGGAUCCCCCCUGUAGCAAACAGCAGUCGCUAUAGUACACGCAGCCGCCUCUACACGGCCCCCAUGCAAGCCAUUUCCGAAGGGGAGACAGAGAACUCAGAUGGGAGCCCCCAUGAUGAUAGAUCAUCCUAAAACCACCUGGUCUUAGCUGUGUCCUACAUUUGAAAGGGCCCCCAUUUACUUUUCUUGUCUUGGAUAGGCGUGUAAUCAUGGCCAAUAGUGUAAUUCUUCCGACACACAAACUGUGACUGUUGCUAAAAUGAACCUAGUUUUGGAUCUACUAUUCUA